UGGCUGACAAUGUCACUGAGCCUGAGGUAACUGAUGAUUCUUCCAAGCAAAUGGUCAGUUACAGGAACUCAAAGCUAUAUACUACAAGGCCGGACAAUGUAGUUAUUGCCAAAGGUAGACCAGGGUUCGUAACAGAAAUACGUGAUAGAGGCCUUAUUAGGUUCCGGCCAUUCCAUAAUCCUUCCGAUUUAUAUACCGACCCUUUUCCCUCCAGUAAUAUUGGUAUGUUUAAGUGUUCUGCCCUAAGCCACGAAUGCACGUGGAUAACACUAACAGACAUACUUUGUAAGUGCAUGUGCUUGCGCACACAACAUUAUGAGGUCAUUAUCCCUCUUUUGCAUACAUUCUAGUAGUAGAUGUGACAUCAUUUCUCAAGGACUGUUGCAAAUAUAGCACUUUAGCCAGUAAGAGUCUGUUGGUUAGUGAUUUUGCGUCCUCCAUCAGGAAGUGUUAGUGAAUUUUCAUCAAUGCAAUAAAUGUACAAUUUUUCACGCAUGCGCAUUCAUUUAUAGCAUCAAAGUGGAAAGUACAUCUUAGUUGACGAUAAGGAGAACAAGCAAGUGGUCUGCAUUCCGAACAAAUGGCUCCUGACCAACGACCAUUACCUUUAUCGUGAUGAGCACGAAAUUGUUGAGGGUAUUGAUGUUGACAGUCGAUUCAACGUGAGAAAAUGUGCCGUUAUGCAUCGUUGUGACGACUACAAUGUAGCCCAGGAAUUAAAAGUGUGUUUAGCAACAGUACUGGGCUACAAUACUAACAUCACGACUAACGAUGAAACGCAGCCUUGUGACGCUGAAAAACCAAAAAGAACUGUCAAACGAAAGCACAAGGAUUAUCUAUGCACCUCUGAAGAACUAGAGGUUGCUGAGGUUGAGGCUGGAUUUGCCCCGGUGGAAUUUCCAGUUGUCAACAUUUCAACAGGAACGUUUUCUCCGAUUGCGAGUUCAUCGAAAGCUGACCUUUCAUCACCAAUUCUACGUACGUCGACUGAAGGUGAUAAACCGUAAGUUGCAUUUACUUUAUUCCUGAUAACAAAAGUUUGUGCGAUGAUAUACAUCACAUGUUCAGAAAUAUCCUAAAAGCAGUAACUGAACUAUCUAGCAAGAUGGACAGACUGAUCGCUGUAUGCGAACGCUUAGCCAUGGGUGUAAGUGAAAGACGUAUGGAAGAUACGGAUAGUGAUGCAAUCACUUUCCCAUUACGAACUCAUGACGAGUUGCGUUCUUUAGAGACAGCUUUAGAGAACAAAAAAUUCCGGGAUCAUUUCAUGGGAAGAUUAUACCAUCUACUACGUGAUGAUCUUCGGAAAUCAGCAAAAGCCUGUCUGAAAUACCUCCUUUCUCCGGAACUGGCAAACACGUACACCUUGCACGGAACCAGAAGUAAAUUUGGUAUUAGUAAGUACAAAUUUUACUCGACGGUUCAAAGUGCUUUGUGUUCACAUUUCCGAAGUGCAAGCUGCCCGGAAAAGGAAAUAAUACACGCCAUGGCUACAGCAAGCCAGGCCUUCUUGCAUGACGCAAGAGAUAAAGUACAUAAAUGUGGAUGGCGAUCCAAAGAAAGGCUGGCUUCGCAGGCUUUAUCAGACGUAACUAACAUUAUCAAUGACAGUUCUACGUCUACGUAAGGUGUUGCUGUUACAACGCAA